AGAAGGCCAUGAUGUGAACUGCAGCGAUUUAGCAGCUGAUCAUGAGUGGUUCAGUGUUUCGUUCCUGAAUGAGUUCUAGGUCAAAUGAUUAGUUCUGUGACAAGACAGCAUGACACUUUGAGUAUGACAGAAGCCCUGAUGCUGCAGCAGAGGCUGGGAAUAUUAAUGGCCAAAUCUAGAGAACACAUGGUCUUCUAAAGAAGUCAUGGGUAGCUGUUGUAGCUGUCCAGAUAAAGAAACUGUCCCAGAUAACCAUCGAAACAAGUUUAAGGUUAUUAAUGUGGAUGAUGAUGGUAACGAACUGGGUUCUGGCAUAAUGGAACUUACAGAUACAGAACUAAUCUUGUACACCCGUAAAAGGGACUCUGUAAAAUGGCACUACCUCUGUCUCCGUCGCUAUGGCUAUGACUCAAACCUUUUCUCUUUUGAAAGUGGCCGAAGGUGUCAAACUGGACAAGGAAUCUUUGCCUUUAAAUGUGCCCGUGCGGAAGAGCUAUUUAAUAUGUUACAAGAGAUAAUGCAGAAUAAUAGCAUAAAUGUGGUAGAAGAACCAGUAGUAGAAAGGAAUAAUCAUCAAACUGAGUUGGAAGUUCCAAGAACCCCUCGAACGCCUACCACUCCUGGGUUCAAUGCACAAAGUUUACCUAACGGCUAUCCCAGAUAUCCAUCUUUUGGAGAUGCUUCAUCACAUCCUUCCAGCAGACAUCCUUCUGUCGGAAGUGCACGCCUCCCCUCUGUUGGUGAAGAAUCAACACAUCCUUUACUUGUAGCAGAGGAGCAAGUGCACACUUAUGUCAACACUACUGGGGUACAAGAGGAAAGAAAAAAUCGAUCAAGUGUGCAUGUGCCACUGGAAUCAAAGCUUUCAAACACUGAAACAACUAAAGUGAAAGAAGAUCAGAUGUGUACUGAUGACAGAGAUGCUCAGGUCCUCCUGGAGCCCGAAGGAGUCAAGUUUGUUUUAGGACCAACACCUGUUCAAAGGCAGUUAAUGGAAAGAGAGAAACUGGAGCAACUUGGGAGAGACCAAGUUAGUGGCAGCAGCACAAACAACACUGAAUGGGACACUGGGUACGACAGUGAUGAACGUAGAGAAACACCAUCUGGUAAUAAAUUGGUGUAUGAAAAUAUAAAUAGGUUAUCAAUCCCUAGUGCCUCAGGGGUCAGGAGAGGUCGUUUGACAUCAACCAGUACCUCAGACACCCAGAACAUUAACAACUCUGCUCAGAGGAGAACUGCGCUGUUGAACUAUGAGAACUUGCCAUCCUUGCCUCCUGUUUGGGAAGCCCGCAAGCUGAGUAGAGAUGAAGAUGACAGUUUAGGACCAAAGACCCCAUCUCUGAAUGGCUACCACAAUAACCUAGAUCCAAUGCAUAAUUAUGUCAAUACAGAGAAUGUAACAGUACCAGCAAGUGCUCAUAAAGUAGAAUUUACACGACGUCGGGACUGUACUCCAACGGUCUUUAACUUUGACAUUAGGCGUCCAAGUUUAGAACACAGGCAGCUCAACUAUAUACAGGUUGACUUGGAAGGUGGUAGUGACUCCGACAACCCUCAGACUCCAAAAACCCCCACCACUCCACUUCCGCAAACUCCAACCAGGCGCACAGAGCUGUAUGCUGUGAUAGACAUUGAAAGAACUGCUGCUAUGUCAAGCUUGCAAAAAGCACUGCCCCGAGAUGAUGGUACUUCUAGGAAAACUAGACAUAACAGUACUGACCUGCCUAUGUGAGCCUGGGAAGCAUUAAAUCAUUUGCACCUUUUGUGAAGUUUAUAAAAUUGAAGAUGCAAACACUUUGCAUUUCUUAACACUAAAGCCUUUUAUAGACUAAUAGAACUUUUUCUGCAUACUUCAUGUACUUGUCUAACUAAAGGGAAUUAAUGUAGAGCAAGUAUUCAUUUAGGAAACACUGUUUCAUUCUACAGUAGUAGUAAUUACUGCAUAGCAGCAUCACCACCUUUCACAGUGCCUCUUUAAAUUGAUUAGAGUCUGAGUGACACGCCAGUUUUGAAUUUAUAAAUAUUCUGGUCUGGUGCCUAUACUCGUUAAUGGCAUUUAUAACACUUUUUAAAGCCUCUUGAUAUGUGCAUUAUUAGCAGGUAAACUUAAUCUUUCAAGGUACCUAUCUUACGUUCAUUCCUCAUUGAAGUGGCUCCUCCAGAAUGAAAUGUAUGUAAUGCAUUAAUUCACUCAGUUUGACGUACACAAGGUAUAUUGGUUCAUCUCAAGGGAUAUAAACAGCACACCUUUUUUGUCUGUUUUUUUUUCUUUAAGACCACAUGGGCAAGAAGGCCUACAAUUCCCUAUAAUUUUCUUAACUUGUGUGAUAUUUGAGAGGUCACAUCGAAGUUCGUUGAUCAGAGCUAUAAAUGCAUCUAAACCCAGCCUUAAGCUCCUUCCGCAAGAAGAGAAUUCCCAGUGGCGUAUCAAGUUCCCUGUGAAAUCUGACAGAAUUUUAAUCUCAGUAGAGUUUUGGGUGUGUUUUUUGUGAAGGAAUUCACAGGUUGGCUGUAUGAAUUAAGGCUCUCUUGUAAUUUCUUAGUUCAGUGUGCCUUCCUUUCUUCGCAUUUGUGUGUCUCUUUUUUUAUCUGUUCCAUAAUGUCUUGUUUUAAAAGUCAAAAUUUUGUACUUAGCUUUAAUUAUUGUUCAGGGUCAUUGAUGUGUUUGUCUUACUCUCAGCAUUUGGCAACAAAGACUCGAAGGUCAAAUGGUUGUCUUUGUCCAUUGUUCUGCUUUUUUAUGCCUGACAGAGAUAUCCCAGCUCUCCAGCAGCAUGCAUUAUUGCACAACUGGAAAGGUUUAUUAUGCAGUUAUCGUCUUCCUCUAAAGCAUCAGACACAGGUUACACGGGAGGCAGGGUACUGGACUUGAUAGUUCUUUACAGAAAAUUGUACAUUCUAGCAAUGUGCAUCCAUAGUUGAUAGUAUAAUUUAGAAAGAUACGUAGUAAAUUAUCUGAAGGUAGUAUUACCUACAAGCAUAUUUCUUUUCCUUUUGCAGUUGGUGAACUUGGUUACAGUGACAGUUACUCAGUGUUACAGGUACAUCCAGGUAGAAUGUUGUUUGUUGAAUAUGCCAGAUGUAUGCUUAGCAGACAUUUUGGGGUUUGUUUUGUUUUGUUUUUUAAUACUCUGAAUAAUUCUAGAAUUCUGGCAGUAUUGCAGGUGCACCUUGGUACUAGCAGCAGCAGAGAUUACUCUUGAGCCUGUGAUUGCAAAGGAACUGACACUUGUGUGAACUGGUGUGAUGUAAAAUAACACUUGAACUGUGAGUGAGGAAAAACAUGCAAGAAAAGCCAUUUGGAGAUCUGAAAAAGAAUUAAGGGUCUUCAUGCAAUAUUUGAAUUGAAGUUUUGUAAAAAACAAACUACAGUUAUUUUCAGUCUGCUAAAUUGGAGUGUAUUCCUGUUCCUUUGUUAACUUUUUCUUUGGUCUUAGUUUAGUAGUGGCAGCAGUGGUAGCACCUGAAAUCCAUGCAGCUUGCUGAACCAUUAAGGGAUACCAGGCAACCUUUUCACUCUCACUUUCAUUAUUCGUUACAGACUGUAUGGUACUGAAAUAACAGAUGCACAAAGAACAUAAUUUGCAGAAGUAAAAGAUGGGUCAUUGAGACCAUUAUGAGGAACUUAAGUGAGAUUAAAAACCUCAUUAAUGAUUUUACAGUCAACCUAUGUGUACUGUUGUGAUAGACCCAUUGACUUGUGGGGAGACCUUGGUACUCAAGAAGGUAAUGACUACCUAGAGCUAGACAUUUUACAGGUCUGCAAUGUUAGUGCUCCUUCACAUCUUUGCCACUGCCUCACCUUACACUAUGGUCUGUACUGAAGAGAAAUUGCCAGGUAUUGCAAAAUACUUACUGGGUUCAUGAUGCUGGUGUGAUUCUUGUUCUUAGCUUAUAGCUCACUAAAAUUUGUAAGCUGAACUAAUGCUUCAGCAUGUGUUUUGAGGCAAACGUGUUCUAGCUGCCUAGACAUAUUUGGUCCGUAUCUGUGUCGUAUGGGUGUUUCAGAAAUACUAAUUGUUUAGACCCUUAAAACACACCUGUGAGGCAGGGAAGUAAUACUCUUAAUUGACAAAUAGGCAAACAGAGGAUUCAGGUAGAUCCUAAGUAACCUGUCAAAAUGACAACAACCAACCAUAUCCUUCCUUAGUUCUGGUGCACUGUCCUGUGUUUAGCCCGAAUAGUCUCAGAUACAAAGGAUGGAUGGUCUCAGUAAUUUUUUUUUAUGUUGUUGCACGUCCCACAAUACUUCAUAGGGGAUGUUUUCUUAGCUCUGGUCCCCAGAAUUGAGAACAUACUGAAACUUUCUGUAGCCUUAAUUAUAUUAAGUCUGAUGACGUAUUUUCCAGAGCUAUUUUUUUACCCUCUUGCAUUUUACAGGUGGGAAUAAUGCUUUCUCGUUUUGUGUACGCUGCAAAGAUACUGGAUAGUCCCGGUUACCCACACUAGUCAUCUUUAGCAUUCGUUAUUUUCUGCCCCUUGAAGUAGAUGUAGUUGCAAUGCACUUUACCCUUUGAGACUUGGUAAAUAUUUUUUUCAAUUCAGUCUCUUUAGAGGCUGUGAUUAGAUUUAGUGUCUGUAAUCUAGGAUUCCGUUUUUCAGCUGAAAUCUCUCCACAGCAUUUAGAUUGUAUUUAUUUCGGGCCCACAGGUGUGUAGAUGGAGAAACUACAAAUAUAUAACCAUUUUCUUUAGUAACUGAGACAUGUAAAGUUUACAUAAACUAGGUCCUGCAAAAAUCACAGUGUCUCCAUCAGUUCUACUUUUCAUCCGUAACAUGCAAAUGGCUGCUACCCUUCAAGCACAUUUGACAAGGGAAAGCCUUUAACCAUAGGUGCGAAGUUUUGGGAAAGACAUACAUUAGUGUAUCUUCUAAACAAGGAAACUCAGUUGAUAAAAAAGAUGAAACAGUGACCAAAAGUACAUAAUGGCGAUUGUACUAGAAAUACAGUUAGUGAGAAUUUAAUCCAUUGGUUAUAUCAGGAAAAGAUUUUUUGUUAAAUUGAUGUCAAGAGGAGGACCAAUUUUUUAAUUUUGUGGUGUUUCUUGGUGACUCCAUAAAGCAAUAUAAAACAGACCAUUCUGAAAACCUUAACUCUCAUUAGAACAUUCUUGUUUCCCCCCGAUAAGUAAGUUUUGCAUAUGGCAGGGGUUGAAUGUAAUGGUGUGUGUUGAGGCACUAUUCCUGUUCUUAUUAAAGUCCACAGAACUUUUUAUAGAAAUCUUAAGUGUUCAAAUAGACAUUUCAUAUUAUGAACUGCUUAAUUUUCCCCCCCAGAUGUUUGGAUAUUUGUGUGUGUGUUUACACCUCUGACUAGGGCUUGGGUGUAAAAAGGGCCACAGAAAGGUGUAAGCUGUACCAAGGCCAAACCAAUGUCAAAACAGGGCUGUUCUUUUGCAGGUGACAGACCAGCAGGUGGUUUUGCUGGUUUUUUAACAGUGUGUAUUGACUCAAAAUCUGGCUACCCUUGUUUUUGUUUUAUAUUUAAACACUUCUCAGUGAGAUAGUCAGGAGAGAGCAGAUUGUCUUUAUUCACCAUCGGUGGAGUAAAAAUGCAAGUUCUGAUUAAUGUCAGUUACUACUUUGAGCAUAUAAUGAUGUAUCUGAUUUGAACCUCUCUUUCUGAGCAGUAUUCUCCUCUUUGUGUAAAGUGGGAUCAAUGGUGAAAUUCCAUUUCUGCACUGUACUAAUUUAUUUAAUGGCUGCAAAUAAGAUGAAACUGAUUUAGUAGGAACUAAUAGUGUACUUAAAUCUGAAAUUCUCUUAUUUCCCCUAAAGAAGCUUGGUGCUUCAGUCUGAUGAUAGAAUUAGGUAUUUUUGGAACUUAAUGGUAAGAUCUUUCCCAUCUUUUCCUUGAGGUAGCAAUUCAGGCAUUUAUAUUUGACAGUAUUUACUUAAUAUAAACAUAAGUUCAUUUAUGAUAUCUUUACUUUAAAUCCAUAUACACUCCAAAAAAAAAAAAUCCAGAAGAAAUUCCACCACAAAAAACUGCGUUAAGAUGGAGUCAAGGUUGCUGAUGUCCUUCUUACAGAGCAUAUACGAAAAAGACAGGAAGUCGUGAGUUCAGGUUCUUUUGCAAUCUUUAGGAAUUACUUCCUCUUUUGGACAAGAUAAGUGAAUAA